UCAAAGAAAUAUAAGUAGUAUUAUUGUAGUAACGGACGUAACGGUAGCGAGUUACGUUUACUCCAAUUUUGGAAAGAAACUCCAUAACACUACUCACUCGUAUUAUAUUUUAAGAGUCAUAGAAUAAAACACACAAAGUUUAAUCAUAUUGCUUGUUAAUUUACUUUCUAAAUACACGAAAGUGAUUGGUACGAUUAUGUAUUCACCAUUGUCGCCUCAAGCCAGCCUCAGUUCAGAAUUAAGACAAGUUAUAAAUGAAAGAAAUAUGUUGAGCAUGCGGAGUCGUAUGAAAGUUCUACACGCUUUGAAUAAGGAUAAUGAGAAGUGUGCAGAGGAAAAGGAAAGAACUCUGAGGUCACAAGCUAUUCGAGAAAUAUUAACCACCGAAGUUACUUAUUUACAACAAUUGGAGACCUUAACAGAGUUUUUUAUACAACCUAUUCUUGAGAGAAAGUUGUUGGAUCACCCAUUACUUGCUACGCUGGGUGAGAACAUAAAGACGUUGUAUAAUGUGAGCGGCGAACUGGUGGCAGGAUUAAAAUGUAAUCCUGAUAAUAUAGCUGGAAUAUUUCACAAACUCGCACCAUUCUUUAAGUUAUAUUCCGUUUAUGCAUACGAUUAUACACAAGUACUAAAUCUACUACAGACAAGUCAAGAGAAUGAUCCCGCCUUAAAAAAAUUUAUUUGCGAUCAAGAAACAAGACCAGAGGUAGGAAGGAAAUUGUCUUCAUUGUUAAUUACACCAGUCCAAAGAGUACCGAGAUAUCAGUUACUUGUUAAACAAGUGUUACAACAUACCCCUUAUGGACAUAGAGAAUAUAGACAUUUGCAGGCAUGUUUGGUUGAAAUUGAAAAAUCUGCGAGACACAUAAAUACUUUAAUCGCACAAAACGAAGAAACACAAAAAUUGUUAAAUCUUCAGAAGUGUAUUGCUACUUCGAUUAAUCUCGUGAAGCCUGGUAGAAUAUUAAUCAAACAAGGACCAUUGAUGCGUGUUUCAAGACGAGGCAAUUCAGCUUAUAGGAGAUAUUUUGUUCUUUUGAAUGAUACUUUACUAUAUUGUAAAGGCGAACCAGGAACAUCGUUGAACAUAUCUUGCGUUCUACCGUUAAACAAGUGCAGUUUAACUUGUGUUCUGAGUAAAAAACUGUUCCGUAUAACAUGCUUACAUGAAACAUUCUUACUGUACUCGGAAAAAGACGAUAGCGACGAAUGGAUACAAUCUAUACAAAGCGCUAUUAAAAAAUAUACCGAAUGUAGGCAAACCUUGAGAAAGGAGAGCAGUUCAAGAAAGCCACUUAGACAUAAGAAUAUUAACGAAUUUUCGUCAGAUAAUAUACCAAAAAAGUCUAUUAAAAGAAAAAGAUGUAUGAAAGAUGAACAGGUAUCAUUGGACACUUCCAGCAUAAUAUAUUUUAAAAAGGAUAAUGAAAUGGACGAGGAUGUUCAAAGCGAUAAUACUUGUUUACCUCGUUGUACUAAAGCCAAAAGAUUUAAACAAGAUGAGUAUUCCAAAGUUGGCCAAGUUGCUCCUGCAGUAAAAAAUACGAAAUUAAAAUCAUGCAAAAAUGGUAGAAAUAAACGGUAUACAUCUGCAUAUAGAUGUUUAAGAAAGUCAAGUAACUGCAAUUAUAACGAGAUUCCAACGACAACGAGGAUAUGUGGAACCAGUUUAUGUUCGAUCACGUCCAGCGCCGAAGAACAUCACACAUCGCCCUUCCAAAUGAUCAGUGAUUUUUUUACAUUUAUCGGUGCGACAAUAAAAGACCUUUUCACAUUCAAAAUAACGAUGGAAGGCCCAUUAGAAAUAAAAAACUCCAAUGCAGGCAUGGAAGAGCCUAUAAAAUCCGAAGCUCCCGUACAAAAUUCUGAUAAUAGCGAACGAAAUGACAGUGCAGUCUCUCCACCUCCAAAUUGUAGCAUUUGCCUGGGAAAGCUAAUUAAUACAUCCUUCACGGAUAGUUGUCUGCAUCAGUUUUGUUUUACUUGCUUACUUCAAUGGUCCAAAAUUAAAACGGAAUGUCCUUUGUGCAAACAAACAUUCAAAUCGAUUAUACACAAUGUGAGAUCGGAAGAAGAUUACGAUCAGUAUCAUGUACCGCACGAAUUGGUAUCGCAAAUUCCUCAGCCACAAGUGACUGCUACUUUGGAUGUCAACUUUGAUGUCGAUUGGGAUGUUGCCCCUCUUGCCCCUCGUCGAUUUGUUUACAGAACAACGAUGACUGGCAAUCGUCGACAUGGAGUGUUGUUAAAUCCAGAGCAAGUUACAAGACGCGAGCAAUUGCCCAGUAUAGCACUUCAAGUGCCAAGGGAAGAACGUAGACGUAGACGUGCUAAUCCUACAGAUUAUCGUCGUACUAUUUAUAGGCAUGGUAUAUGGGCUACUUCAUUACCUGACAUAUUUGGACGUUUCCGCGAAUGUAGCCCUGAAUAUUAUAGAAGACAACCACAAGAAUUAGAUCGCCUUAUACCAUGGCUAAAUAGAGAGUUGCAAGUUUUACUUGAUAAUGAACCAACCCAUGUUGCAUAUGUGUUGAGCAUAAUAAUGGAUGCCUUAACUCAAUACGAUAUUAGAAGUCCAGAAUUUCGGAAUAUUGUGCGGCCCUUUUUCACUAUACAUACAGAUCAUUUUGCACACGAACUGUUAAAUUUUGCCCAAACUAACUUUGAUUUGGUUGGAUAUGAUCAGUCUGUUACUUAUUUGCCACGUGGUUUAUCAAAUGAAUAUGGGACUCGUAUUGAAUCACCCACUAGUAGUGUUGGCAGUAGCAGCAGUAGCAGUAGCAGCAGCAGCAGCAGCAGCAGUAACAUCAGUAACAGCAAUCUUAUCUCUGACAACUCUGAUGUUCGAAUACUCGCUGAAGCGAUCGAUUUGAGAGUAAACGCUGAGAUGCCGAAUACGUUAUCACAUCCAAUUAGCAUGCCAGGUCCUAGUGCAGUAGGACAGAUGUUUCGCAGAGUAGAAACAUCUAAUAGUAUACCAGAGCUCUUAAUCAUUUCAUCGAGUUCCUCCGAAUCAGAUGGAGAAUGUGAAAUAAUUGGCUAUGUAAAACCACGCCAUGAAAGAACACCAGAAAUCAUAGAGUUACUUUCUUCUGAUUCUGAAAAUGUGUCUGUUCCUCAUACUUCGAAUGGAAAUACGCAAUUGGCCGUAAGAAGACAUUUGGAAAAUGUGUCACUACCAAGCACGUCUCAUGUCACAAAAGGAUCGUCUUCGUCGUCUUGUUCGGCAACAAGUAGCGAUGCUACUUCUGACAGUGAUUACAAUCCAAGACAAAAUAGUAUUAGGCGAAACCGUCCGAAGAAAUCAGAGAAAAAGACAGUUGCACAAAAACAUAAAAGAUCGUAUGGAACAGAAAGCCGGAAUAAACUAUCUAAGAAAAGGAAAAUAUUCAGUUCUAGUGAGUUCUGUUCCAGCUCGUCUGAAAGUUCACUAAAGAAAUGUAACGAAAAACGAGUAAGAAAGGCACGAUAUAAGGUACAGGCUAAAGGUACAGGACGAAUAAAACUGAUUAAAAGACAAGAGAGUUAUUCAGAUGAGGAUUCAUCUAGUAGUGACAGUAGUAGCACGGAGACCGAUAGCAAGACGAAAACCAAGAAGUGUUAUAGAGAAUAUAAAUCGAAAAGGGAUUGUCCGUCUAGUGCAAAUAAUCAUACAGCGAAAAGUGGGAAAACAACGAGAAGCAAAGAGAAGAAAACUUUGAAUCUGGAAAAGUUGAAGUCUAAGAGCAAAGAUUCCAAGUGUAGCGAAAAUGGACAAUCUAGAUCUAGAAGUAACAGUAUAUCUUCUAAUACUUCUGAACGAAAUAAAAGGCCGAGCUGUAGACACCGGGAAUCUCGAAAUACAAAUGAAUUUGGAAGUCAAGACGACAGUGCCUCGAUAAAUAAAGAUAUCUCAAGAAGUGAAUAUAAAUCUAAAUCAAAAAAGAAAAUGUGUUAUUCUUCGGACUCGGAGGAUGAUCGUUUAAGGUCUAGUAGUCAGUGUAGUAAUUAUUCUAAUAAAUCCUAUUCGCUUUGGAGAAAAUCAAAACGUAAAGAAAAACAUAAAGAUAAGGCGCGUCAUAUAUUCAGUGGUAGAAUAUUUAAUUUAUCGCAAUCCAAUGCAAGUACAAUUUUAACGAUAUCAUCAAAAAAUGACGUGUAUCCAACGAAACAUUCCGAUUGUAAAGAAAAACACAAAUCACGCAAAGAAUCGAAGUAUAGAAAGUCCGAAAAUGAAAAAAAGUCGAGACCAAAGAAAAAAAGGCGACGUCUUCAAUCUUCUUCUACUUCGGGAUAAUAUCAUAUUAUGCAAUUUGUGUUAGUUAACAUCAUAGAAUAAAUUUUGAUUUAACAAAAUGACAUUCAAGUUUUUGUAAGAAAAAUGCAAUGAAUAGUAUUUAAUCAGAUGAAUUUCACAUUACUGUAGAUUGUCAUUUUGUUCGUAACACAUUACUCUCCAUCAUGAUGCUAAUGUCACUUUAGGACUGUCAUAAAUUUGUUAUAUAAUUUCAAUAAUAUUUGAAAAAGAUAAGAUUAAUUAAGAUUAUCUUUUUUUUUUCUUACAAAUUUCAUCAUUUUAAAAUGUGUAUAUAUUAAAAUAAAUUUGUAUUUGCACACUGCAAAUUUCAACAUAAAACAUUGUCUUGUUAUAACAUCUGAUGCAAAAAUUGUUACUAUAUAAUUGCAAUACGAAAUAUGUACUAUAUUAUCACGAUACCUUUCUUGGGAAUAUAAUAUUGCGCACAGUGAUAUAUAUACAUAAACAUGCAAUAUACGUAUGUGCGUUGUGUAUGUAUGUGUACAUGCGUGCGUGUGUAUAAUACCAUUAUGUUGGCAAUUAAAGAACAGUUUGUGCAUAUUUUAUCGGAAUAUUGUAAUAAUCCAUAUGGAGACCCAAAGAUUGUAAAUAUGUGUAUCUCGUAAAUUAUUAGUUUAAAUAAGAUUUUUGCACAUUUUAUACAUACCAUGUGUACACGUACAGACAUACAUACAUACGUUUAAGAUAUGAUAAGGAUAAUGUUCACACAUCUAAUAAAAUUAGAGAUAUACGUUUAUAUAUUUUUGCUAUGUAUGACAAUGGCUUUUUAUAAAGUAUUAGAAUAA